AUGGGAGUUGGAUCUCAGGUUGCCUCUUUUUGCCUUCGCAUUGGCGAGGUCAUCUGUGCUGCGAUUGUGGCCGGUAUACUAGGCUAUUACCUUCACCUCCUGGAUGACGCGAACGCCCACGCAAAUGGCCGUAUUAUAUACACACAAGUCAUUGCCGGCAUUAGUAUACUUGCUGCUCUUGUUUUUAUGCCUCCAUUGAAAUACUCCUUCUGGGCAUUUCCCCUCGACUUCGCCCUAUUCAUAUGUUGGAUCGUCUCUUUUGGAUUAUUAGUUGAUCUCACAUCAUCGGGAGGAUGCCAUUCACGCUGGUAUUGGACUAGCUGGGGCUACUAUUGGGGAGGCUGGUAUCGCACAAUUCCCAUCACCAAUGCAAAUCAAACUAUUAUUGGCACCGUCAAUUGUUCGACUUGGAGGACCAGCAAUGCCUUCAUCUUCAUAGGAGCUUUCCUCUGGCUUGGAAGCGGCCUUUGUGGGCUUUACGUAUGCACAAGGGACCGUCAUGUCCAUAGGGAAAAGGUCAGCAGACCUGAAGUCCGAACAACAGAAGCGUGA